AUGGCCCUCGACAUGGACAAGUUCCACUUCGGAACCAAAGAUGAGAAGAAAGGGUUCUGCAUCGAGCUUCUCGACGCGUUGAAGAAGCGCGGAUUCGCCACGAUCCGGAAUCAUGGCGUUUUCAAGGAAACUCUCGACGCGCAGUUCGACUUUAACCGCAAGUUCUUCAACCUACCGCUCGACGUGAAGAUGAAGAUGAAGCACCCUGCCCAGGCCACUCCCAACCGCGGCUACAGCUACGUCGGCCAGGAGAAUGUUGGCAACAUCAGUGGCUACGGGAAGGGUCUGGGGCCUGCAAGCACGCGUGAUAUCAAGGAGUCUCUUGAUUUUGGUUCUGAUAUCGAUGACCUUGUCGAUAACGUCGAGGUCCCUGAGGAAGUCCUCCCCAGCUUCCAGGUCUGGAUAGAUGGCUUCUACCACAAGUUACGGGAGACCCAAGACCAUGUCCUCGCGGCAUUGGCCAUCGCCCUCGGCAUUGAAGAAUCCCAUCUCAAGUCCCUCCACGACCGCGCCGAGAACGAGUUCCGUCUGCUACACUACCCGGCCAUCCCCGCCUCAGAGCUGCGCGACGGGACAGCGACGCGAUGCGCGGCACACACCGACUUUGGAACAAUCACCCUCCAUUUCCAGGACUCUGUCGGCGGCCUGCAGGUCGAGGACCCGACUGAGCCCGGCACAUUCCGAGACGCCGAGUCGUCCAACCUCGCAGACCUCAUCCUGAUCGCCGGCGACUCCCUCCAGCGCCUGACCAACGACACCGUCAAGGCCGGCCGCCACCGGGUCACGUACCCCCCGAGCGUAGACAAGGACGGCGAUGAGAUGAUACCCGAGCGCCACUCUAUUGCCUACUUUUCCAAGCUGAACAGGGACGUGUCGCUGCUCCCGUUGAAGCAGUUUGUUACGGAGGCUACGCCCUGCCGGUAUGAAGACGUGACUGCCUGGGAGUAUAACAACCGGCGCAGCGCCAGCCUCUAUGAGGGCCUCUAUGAGGGAUAG